CACUGAAAGUCAAGGAUGUAUAUAAAAACAUGUGAAGUCAAGGAUGUAUAUAUAAACAUGUGAAGUCAAGGAUGUAUAUAUAAACAUGUGAAGUCAAGGAUGUAUAUAUAAACAUGUGAAGUCAAGGAUGUAUAUAUAAACACGUAAAGUCCUAUAUGAUCAAAAGGGCAUAAAAGAAAAACCAAAUUCAUUUACGGUCAACUUUGCCUAUCAUUUUUUAUUUUAACUCUGGGAAACAAAUACUUUAGUAGCAGACAGUUGAUAAUGGUUGGAGGGUUUGUUGCAGCUUUAGGAUAUUUGUUGAAUGCAUUCGCUCCGACAGUCACGUUCCUUAUCUUCUCUCAGGGUAUUUUACAUGCUUCUGGAUGUGCCGCAUCAUAUGGACCAGCAAUAGUGCUACUUAGCACAUAUUUCGAUAGGAGGAAGGGACUAGCUAACAGUUUAGCUAAUGCUGGAGGCAGUAUUGGUGGUCUCUUUAUCCCUUUAUUGAUAAGACAUUUGCUCGAUAAUUAUGGCCUCCAAGGUGCUUUGAUGAUUAUGUCGGGAAUGUUGUUCCACAUAACUGCAGUAGGGGCUUUAAUGAGACCUUUCCCCGUGAAAACCGAUACCAAAAUCCACGAAAAAGAAAUUGAAAUUGUUUUGCUCCAAGAAGAAGAUACUUCUAAAACAGCAAAUGGAUCAUCGAAAGCAUAUGGAACAUCCGCCAAUGAAAUAGUAGAACACGAAUCUUCUAAAAUGUUUGUGCAGCUAGAACCACAGGUAAGCGUCCAAUCAGAGCGCUCACUUGGAAGUCACCACUCUAUAGUUUUAGAUAAACUGUCCGGAAGUACAUUAAAUUUAUACGGAAGUAUGGGAAAUAUAGCUAAUGCAAUCCCUGUUGUCAGCUUUGUAAAGUCAAUACCAUCUGUCCAUAGUAGCAUUUCUGAAGUCGACAAAACAAAAUGUUCUUGUUGUUCAAAUUUAUUUAACUGUAGCAUUUUAAGAAAUCACAGUUUUCAACUUCUAAUGGUGACCGGCUUUCUAUGCGUUUUUGGAAGUGCAUUAACAAUUACUUUCAUCCCACCAUUUGCCAAAGACUAUAAUAUUCCAGAUGACAAAAUUGCACUGUUAGUGACAAUAUCAGCCGUAUGUGACUGUAUAGGUAGAUUUUCCGUCGCAUGGAUAGCAGAUUCAGGAUUCCUAAGACGGAACCAUCUUGUUGGUGUAUGUAUAUUUAUAAGUGGCCUCGCUGCCAUGCUAAACUUAUUUUAUACAGAUUUUCCUAGUUUUGCAGCUUAUGCUGCUACCUAUGGACUAGUCGGAGGAGUUUAUUUUUCCUUGUAUCCUCUACUAAUAGUGGACGCUGUUGGACAAGAAAAUCUGUCAGACGGACUAGCCAUACUGUUCCAAGUUCAUGGUUUUAGUUUAAUGGUGAAUACUUUUCUCAUAGGAUAUAUAAGAGAUAUGACAGGCUCUUAUCAUGGUUCAUUUUUCUUACUAGGAACAGGAUUACUUAUUGGAACUGUUUGCUUAUUUUGUGAACCUAUUGCCAGAAAACUAGAAGAAAAACGGACUAAAACUAAAUUGACGGGGUAAUAAUUGAAAAUAAAAUUCCCGUUAUAGAAA